AUGAGGGUGGUCGGGAGAAGGUUUGAGUUGUGUGGUGGUAUUAAUUUGGAUGUAUGUUAUGUGCUUUUGGUAUGGCUUACGCAGAAACUGGAGCUGGAGAAGCAGGCGAGCGAGCAGGAGGCGACUCAUUUGAAGCACUUGCUGUCGCUGUCAGAGGGGAAGACCCGAGAGGUAGCACAAGCUCUGCAGCAGCUGCAGCGUGAGGAUUACCCCAGUAAAUUAGCGCGCAUGGAGUCGGAGCUUGCGCACCAGCAGCAAAUGACUGUGCUGGCCGAGAAGGACCACGAGGAUUUGAAAAGGAGAUACGAAGAGUUUGGCGAGCAAGUGGAGCAGUACAUGAAUGAGCAGACGCAGGAGAAAGCAGGACUUAUUUCAAAAGGCGAGGAGCAGGUUAAACAGCUACAGGCACAGCUGGAGACCGUCAACCGACAAGCCCAGGACGCGCUGAAAGCGAAACAAAGCGAGCUCACGCGGGCUAUGGACCAGCUGAAGUUCCGACACGACGCUUUAUCCAAGGCGGAGAAGAAGAUCGCAUCGCUCGAAGAGCGGGCGGCAGCUCUGGAAGCGCAGCAACUAGACACCAAGUUGCGCCACGAGAAACAAGUUGGAGCCCUGGAAAAGGAGAUUGUCCAGUGGCGGCAUGCAGUGGAAAGAGAGCAGGAGAAGGUUGAUAAUCUCCAGCACGCGCUGGCUGAAACGAAGGAGAAGUACGAGCGCAAGAUUGCUUCACUUCAGGAAGCCAUGGAUCGGCAGAGUCGACAAGGCGCCCAAGAGAAGGAACUUGAGGCUCGUACGCGCUGGCAAAACGAGUUCGUAGCAAGACAAGACGCUCGGAUUGAAGAACUCAAGGAGAAGUAUGACGCUGCUCUGGAGAAUCAACAGGCAGAGUUGCUUCGAGCCCGGCAAAUGGCGCUAGAAACUGCGAAUGCCGCGGCUGCAAAGUGGGAAAAAGCAAAGCUAGCGCAAAAGGAGGAAGAAGAGUUAGAGCGUCGGCGACGAGCAGAGGAUGCAACUCGCGAAAAGGAGCGCAAAGAAGAGCAGCGCUCGCUUCAAAUGGCGCAAAAGCGCAUGCAGCAGGAGUUUAACGAGCGAGAGAGGCGUCUGCUGGAGCGUGAAAGGGCUUUGGUGGAGAAAGAGAAGAGAGAGGAACGUCGAAGACUGGAAGAGGCAAAGAAACCCGCAACUCCUCCACCCGCACCCACCACACCGAGUGUUGUCGUGCUGAACAUGGGCUCUGCCGACGAAGGCGAGGAACGUGAAGCAACUGAAGACACCAUCCCACUUGCACAACACGCAGCCGAGCUACAGGCGAAAGAAGCCCAAGCGGCAUUGCGGGCGGAAGAGCGGGUGCAGAAGCUUAUGCAAGAGUUCCAGGAGCGGAAAGAGUCCGAGUUUCGAGCAGCAAUGGUUAAUGUGAGGAAGGGUAUCCAGAAGCUAGAGAUCGCACUAGAGGACGCCAGGGCAGAGAAGAAGCGCAUUGAAGAGCAGCUACUAAGCGAGCGGCAAGCGUUCGUGACGCUCAAGAAUGAGCAUGACGAGGCGAAGGAUGCGAAGCGCACGGUUGUCCAGAGGCUCGAGGAGGCGAACGAGAAUCUCGGCAGGCUUCGGACUGUUGUGAGGGAUCUGCAAGCUAAGUGUCAGUCUCUUGAGGAGCAGAGCAAGAUUGCAGUCGCUCAAAAAGAGGAGAGUGAGGCGGCAGCAGCAAAUGCUCAGAAAACCAGCGACAACAUUCGCGACCAACUUGCGCGACUUACAGAGGCAGCAACUCAACUUGAAAACUCGCUCGACACUUCUGUGGAGUCAAGCGAACAGUCGAAGAAGGAGCUUCUUGAUCGGAUUGCGGUCUUAGAGCACCAUAUUCAAGUGCGCGAGGAACAUUUUGAGACUGAAAUGUCAGCCCUGGAGGAAGAAAACACACGCGAGCUGCGCAAUGUGUCCUCGCAGUAUGAUACACAACUGCGCAGGCUUCAAGAUACGAUCGACGGAGCGCAGCAAGGGAGUGUUGAACAGGAAGCAAAAGCGAGUCAAUUGGAAGCAUCCGUGCGCGAGUUGACAGCAGCCAAGGAUUCCUUACAACUCAUGGUGGAGCAGAUGAAAGGCGACAGCAUGAAGCAGAGGAAGGAGUUUGCUGAUUUGUCGCGAAUGCAUAAAAAUCUCACGGACACGAUGAAUAGCCGAGUACAAGCGGCAAAUGAAGCAGUGGAAGAGGAGCGCGAGAAGCGCAUUGCCGCGGAGAUGAGAGCACUGAAGGCAGAGAAGCUCGUGGAUCGCGUCAAGACUGAGCGCAACAAGUGCUUGAGCGCUUAUCGACAAAGCAUGCAGCAGCUGGCUCACGAAUGGAAGGAGAUGCGCAAAGAUGUUUCUAGCGAGAUGAAUGUUGAAUGGGUGCACUUGCAGAAGGAGGUGGCCUUGGCAGGUGUCGAGUGGAAGAAGCGCACUGAUGAAUUGCUUCAGGGAGCUGACGCGGUGUGGAGACGGAAGGCAAAAGAAGACAAGCAGGAGUGGAAAAAGCGCAUUGCCCAAAAGGACAAGGAGAUGGAUGGGCUGCUCUCGAGUCAACGCGUGAACGAUCAGUCCAAGUACGACCAGGUCGUGGAGCGGUUAGAAAAAAAAUCCCAAGAGCUCGACGAUUUGGGAACACGACUUGCAGCACAAGUGGAUUUGAGCUCCGAGUUAAGGCAAACUAUCCAGAAGCUUGAAGAGGAACUGAGGCUCCGCGUCAUGGAACAGUCACAACUCCAGGAACGAUUGACCAACGCCCAGGCUUUUAUUCAAAAGGAAGCCCGCGAAAAGGAGCGUGUGAGUGCUCUAUUGAAGACCCGAGAAGCUAUGUGUGAAGAGUACCAGGGUUUUGCUGCUUCGCUUGCUAAGGUCGGUGGGACGGACUUUGUAGCCAAUCUCACGAGCACUGGGAAGACUGUCAAUGAACCAGCCACUUGGGAUCCUCGGCGUUUCUCCGAUGAGCUGGGUAAGUUAGCAGCACGUCUUCAAGAAACCCAGGCAGAAGCAAUUCACACGGCCAUUGCAGAGGCGACAACCAGUACGAAGGAGGGCGUCAGUGCUCCUUUGGUGUCCGAGCUAGAAGCUGCAAGAAACGCACUGAAGUUUCUCUGGAGCGACUCGUCGCCUACUGCUGAUAGUGAGUAUGAGGGACACCUCCCAUGGUAUUUGCGUGCUGUACGGACCGUGAAGAAAGAGAGGGAGGCGAACAAGCAAACGGUGUCAUCGCUACGACGAGAGAUCGAGGCAAAAGAAGCAGAGAAGAAGGAGGUGCUUGACAGCAAGGCGAAGUGGCAGGAGGCGCACAAAUUACUGCGUUUUGAAAAGGACACGGUGCUACGGGAGAUGGAACUGCUGCGGCAAACAUUGCAGAAGCGGAAAGAGCAGGAGCUCCAAGAAUUGCGCGCCGAGUAUGACGUGCGCAUCGAGCAGCUGAAACAGCGUCUUGACCGUGUUAUCAUGAAAUCCGACCAGGAUUAUGAGGUGACAAUGAACCAGUUACGGGAUAUGCUGGAGGCGGAACGUCGAGCUACGACUAACGCCAAGAACGAGUUGAUUGAGCUGAGAAUGGACUUGGAGCGUACUGAAGAGGAGCUAAGGGAAGCCCAUCGAAAGCUGGACAAGGAGACGGACGAGCUUCGCGACGAGGCGAGCAAGUGGAAGCGGAAAGCGAAACUGGCCAUGAAGAACGGCGGCGUUGGAAUUUCAUCGAAAGCAGCGAUGCACAUGUCGUCGUCGUCCCACGGCACGGAGGAAGACUCGGACGCGUCGUACCGCAUGAUGUACCCUCAAUCCCGACGAGCUUCGAACGCCAUGGCCGAUUUGUCAAGUCUCAUGGAGCAGUCCCUCGUCAGCAUUCGCAAGGAGGCGUUGGUACCUCACACCCCACGCUUCCGGAGAUAG